CAGAGGGAGGUUUUGCUCUGUGGCUUCCAAAGAGUUAAAGCAAAGGAGUGGAUUCCUAGGGGGGAAGUCAAUGGCCAAUGCUAAGCCUCCUGCAGGCGAGGUCCCUCCUCUUCUGGCCAUGUGGGAAUCUUCCUGGAGGAGGAGGAGUGACUGGGUGAGCCUUGCAAGGCUUGUGGAGGAGGAGAGAGUGUGCCUUCCCAAGAGGGAGAUGGCUCUUCUGCCCAGGCUGGAGCCUGGCUGCAAGGACACAGGGCAGGUGGGAAAGCAAGAAGCCUUAGACCCUGAGCCAAGCACGGACCCUCCUGCCUUUCCUGCUGGGAAUGGAGGGCAGUUCUGGGAAGGAGGCCUUGUGGGGAAGGGGCUGCGGGGAGACAGCCCACCUUCAGAGGCAGCGCCAAGCCAGAGCUUCAGGCAGUUCAACUUCAAGGAGACUUUGGGGCCCCGAGAGGUGUGCAGCCGCCUCCACUCUCUCUGCCGCCUGUGGCUGAAGCCUGAGGAACAUACAAAGGCGGAGAUGCUGGACCUGGUGCUCCUGGAGCAGUUCCUGGCCGUCCUUCCUGCGGAGAUGGAGCGCUGGGUGAGGGAAUGUGGGGCAGAGACCAGUUCCCAGGCCGUGGCUUUGGCUGAAGGAUUCCUCCUGAGUCAGGCAGAAGAGGAGACGGAGAAGGAGCAACAGGCUGUGGACUUGUGUGCAGAAGCGGCCACUGUGUUGGAAAGGCCUCCCUCCACCUGCAGCCGGAUGCUGGAUUGCGCAGGGCAAAGAGAACCUCCCAUCUCCACAAGAGGUGAAUCAGAACCAACACAUACUGGUUUCCCUCUUUCUUUUGAUGAACGCAGAACACAUUCUGUGCCACCAGAUCAGGUGACCUUCCAAGAGGUGGCCGUGUCUUUCAGUGAGGAGGAGUGGGCCCUGCUGGAUCCGGACCAAAGGGCCUUGCAUCAACAAGUCAUGAAGGAAAAUUUGGAAACGGUGUCCUCUCUAACAACUCUCAGAGAAGGGGAAUCAUCUCAAUACCUGGACUGUGGAGAGAACCAGGACCUGUGCCUUUCUGGUCAGCAAGAAACGUACGCUAAGAGGAAACCCUUUAAGUGCUUGGAGUGCGGAAAAUGUUUAAGUCAUAAGAAAAGCUUUGCUCGUCAUCAAGCAGUGCACACGGGAGAGAGAAAAUUCAAAUGUUUGGAGUGUGGAAAGGGCUUCAUUCAGAAGAUAGAUCUCACCUAUCAUCAAGCUACUCAUACUGGGGAGAAGCCAUUUAAAUGCUUGGAGUGUGGAAAGAGUUUCACUCAGAAGACAGGUCUCACCUACCAUCAAGCUACCCAUACGGGGGAGAAGCCAUUUAAAUGCUUGGAGUGUGGAAAGAGUUUCACUCAUAAGAGAGGCCUCACUUCUCAUCAAGCUACUCAUACUGGGGAGAAGCCAUUUAAAUGCUUGGAGUGUGGAAAGGGCUUUGCAUGGAAGACAGCCCUCAAACAACAUCAAAGAAUCCACUCUGGGGAAAAGCCAUUCAAAUGCUUGGAGUGUGGAAAGGGCUUCGUUCAGAAGGUAAGCCUCACUUCUCAUCAAGCUACUCAUACUGGGGAGAAGCCAUUUAAAUGCUUGGAGUGUGGGAAGGGCUUCUUUCAGAAGGUAAGCCUCACUUCUCAUCAAGCUACUCAUACUGGAGAGAAGCCAUUCAAAUGCUUGGAGUGUGGGAAGGGCUUCUUUCAGAAGGUAAGCCUCACUUCUCAUCAAGCUACUCAUACUGGAGAGAAGCCAUUCAAAUGUUUGGAGUGUGGAAAGAGUUUCACUCAGAAGAAACUCCUCACUUCUCAUCAAGCUACUCAUACUGGGGUGAAGCCAUUAAAAUGCUUGGAGUGUGGAAAGGGCUUUGCAUGGAAGACAGCCCUCAAACAACAUCAAAGAAUCCACUCUGGGGAAAAGCCAUUCAAAUGCUUGGAGUGUGGAAAGGGCUUCGUUCAGAAGGUAAGCCUCACUUCUCAUCAAGCUACUCAUACUGGGGAGAAGCCAUUUAAAUGCUUGGAGUGUGGGAAGGGCUUCUUUCAGAAGGUAAGUCUCACUAACCAUCAAGCUACUCAUACUGGAGAGAAGCCAUUCAAAUGCUUGGAGUGUGGGAAGGGCUUCUUUCAGAAGGCAAGCCUCACUUCUCAUCAAGCUAUUCAUACUGGGGAGAAGCCAUUUAAAUGUUUGGAGUGUGGAAAGAGUUUCAUUCAUAAGAAAGGCCUCAUCUGCCAUCAAGCUAUUCAUACUGGGGAGAAGCCAUUUAAAUGCUUGGAGUGUGGAAAGAGUUUCACUCAUAAGAAAGGCCUCAACUGUCAUCAAGCUACUCAUACUGGGGAGAAGCCAUUUUCAUGCUUGGAGUGUGGGAAGAGCUUCAUUCAGAAGACAAACCUGACUCGUCAUGAAGCAAUUCAUACUGAAGAGAAGCCAUUUAAAUGCUUGGAGUGUGGAAAGAGUUUCACUCAUAAGAAAGGCCUCACCCGUCAUCAAGCUAUUCAUACUGGGGAGAAGCCAUUUAAAUGCUUGGAGUGUGGGAAGAGCUUCAUUCAGAAGGCAAACCUGACUCACCAUGAAGCAAUUCAUACCGGGGAGAAGCCAUUUAAAUGCUUGGAGUGUGGAAAGUCUGCUUCAAGAUAAAUGCACACUGCUUUGGAGGGCUUUAUUUGUGUAUUUACAUUUCCCCAUAACAUCUAUAUAUAUAAAAGAGUGAUGGAAUUCGGGCACCGGACAAAACAACAAAACUACAGGUAUCCCAACCUUGAAAUUUGACAACACAACCCAUCAUCCACGCCUCUAGGUUGAUACAACAAAAAGAAAAGAAAAAUAAAGUCCUAAUUGUUUUUAUCCAAUUGGAUAAUAAGAAGAGAUUCAGGAAAAGCCAAUUAAACAUCAAAUUAGGUCAUCGUUAUACAAAUUAAGCACCAAAACAUCAUAUUAUACAACAAAUUUGACAGAAAAAGUAGUUCCAGGUGCAGUAAUGCUAUGUAGUAAUUACAGUAGUGUUUCACUUAUCCAACACUUGCUUAUCCAACGUUCUGGAUUAUCCAAAGCAUUUUUGUAGUCAAUGUUUUCAAUGUAUCGUGAUAUUUUGGUGCUAAAUUCAUAAAUACAGCAAUUACUACAUAGCAUUACUGUGUAUUGAACUACUUUUUCUGCCAAAUUUGUUGUCUAACAUAAUGUUUUGGUGCUUCAUUUCUAAAAUCAUAACCUAAUUUAAUGUUUAAUAGGCUUUUCCUUAAUGCCUCCUUAUUAUCCAAAAUAUUCGCUUAUCCAACAUUCUGCCAGCCCGUUUAUGUUGGAUAAGUGAGACUCGACUGUACUGUAUUUACAAAUUUACCACUAAAAUAUCAACAAUGAAUUUAAAACACCGACUACAAAAACAUUGAUUACGAAAAGGGAGACUGCGUUGGAUAAUCCAGAACAUUGUAUAAGCGAAUGUUGGAUAAGUGAGAUUCUACUUUAAUAUGAAAUAAUUACUGGGAUAGAAUAAUGCAGAACAAUAUAAUCUCUAAAACCAGGACAGUAAAUAAAGACCAACAGUCUGAAAGCAGGAAAAUUGGAAAUUCCACAAAGGAAACAAUCAGGGCCAGCUAAGUUCAAAAACAUGCAAAUGCAUCAAUAGGUACUGCUCCGGUGGGAAGGUAACGCCACUCCAUGCAGUCAUCCCACAUGACCUUGGAGGAGUCUACGGACAACGCCGGCUCUUUGGCUUAGAAAUGGAGAUGAGCAGCAACCCCCAGAGUCAGACAUGACUGGACUUAAUGUCAGGGGAAAACGUUUACCCUUUACCUUAACUACCACCAAUUCCUCAAUACUUUAUUUCCCAUACCACCAUACUUUACCACAGCAACGCGUGGCCGGACACAGCUAGUUCCUGUAUGAAAAGUUAGGUUUUAUGGCACUUCCAUGAGGCUCUCCUUUUCAGGCCGUCAUUCUUCAAGUGUAAAGAGAGAUGACACACCCCCUCCCCUGCUCACUUCCCUGAAAGGAAAGGAAUGGACACAGUUCUAGCCAUAUGUCAUGCUUAGUGUGAAUUAAUGGGGGGGGGGGGUGUCACUACUCUUUACACCUGAAGAAUGACUGCCUAUAAACGAGAACCUCCUGAAAGUAGGUUCCCUUUGACCAGGAGAGACCCCUCCCAGCUGUCAAUGACUGGAGCCCUUACACAGUUUUGUAGGAAGAUCAAUACAGAUUGAACAAAUGCCACAAUCAGCAAAGGAUAAGAGGGGUUCUCUAAACCAGGAAUGGGCAAACUUCGGCCUUCCAGGUGUUUUGGACUUCAACUCCUACAGUUCCUGACAGCAAAACACCUGAAGGGCCGAAGUUUGCCCAUGCCUGCAGGAGUCUACCAUAUUCCAUGCAGCUGUGGACAAGUCUACAUUGGGACCAUCAUGUCAGGGUAUUGUGUAUUGUGAAAUGUUAAAAUCAAUCUGGGUUAUUAGAAAUGCCUUAUGUGUUUGUUUUUCGGCAAGGCAUUUCAGCAAUUAUGGAGUUAAUGAGAGUCUGCUAUGAUUGAUGUAUCACAGGACCAAUGGGGUCAAGUUUGUUUUGACCGGGACUUUCUUUCUUGUUCUUGUGGAAUGCAGAGGAGUUUCCUGAGUAGAGAACAGAGCGGAGAGCAGCGUAGAGCAGUGUGCUGUGUGUGCAUGAGUCGCUUCUGCAAGCACUCAUGGAGGAAGGACUGAUUUACUCUGUUUUGUAUAUAGUCUUGUAAAUAAAGAUUGAUUACCGUUGGAUUUCCAACCGAA